GUGUGUCUGUGGGCUUACUCUGCAGGCCCUGGCCGGGAUCCCGGAGAGCUGCGCCAUCUCUACUACAGCGUGGUAGCUACUUACUGCUAGCUCGGGGAACCCGCUCCCGCCCCACGCACGUGGGGGAAGGUGUCCAUGAAUUCCUGACCUUGCUUGAAAGGAUGUAGAACAAUAGAGGUUUUGUGCUCUCACAGCCCUUAAUUCAUUUGAUCCUCAAAACAGCUUGGUGAGUUACACAGGAAAGAUGAUAUACAUCCUCAUUUUACUGGAGAGGGAAAAAAGCCUUAGGAGAGGUGAGAUGUUUGGCGCAAGGUCACACCGCAAGUAAGAAUAGGAGCCCAGCCUUGAAGCCAGGUGCUGUGAUUUUUUGGGAGAAGAUCUUUAUAAGCGAAGGACUGUUUGGACGAGAGCCGAAUAGUCUUGGACACUGGCCAAAGCUGCUAACUUUAAAAGAAACGGAUGUGAUAUGCAUUGAAAUUAUUAAAAGCCCAGUUCUCCUAGACUCUUGAAGACAGAAAGAAAACAUGGAAUCUUCAGAAAACAUAGAAAACUUGGAACCAUCACCAGUUUUUAUGAGAAACCUUCCAAUUACACCAGGAUAUGGAGGAUACGUCCCUGUCCGGCUUACCAGAAUGGGUGUGUCUUUCAACAGGGACACCAGCUACUGUGUCAAAACAUUCAGGAACACAACUCAGAGAUAUAAAAAUCAGCUGGAUGCACUGAGAUACCACGCAGCCACUGCUGACCAACUAAAAGAAAUCUGUCCCAAGGAGCCACUUUUAAGGAUGAUACAUGAUUACUAUGCCCGCCAUCACCCAACUUGCAUAGAAGCCGAUCAUGAGAAGAAGCCUUUACAUGAGCCCCCCAUUCCUGGCUGGGCUGGCCAUUUACCAAGAGCCAGGGUUACUGAACUGGGUUGUGCUGUGCGUUAUCAUGUGAUGGCAAAACAGUGCUAUGAAGAUUUCCUAAAUAUGAGAGAAACCUGUAAGAGAGGUCCAUUCAAACGAUAUCAGAGACUGUUGGAAAAAGAUGAGUCACUUAAAGCUUCCCGUGAACUUCCUCAGUUUUCCCAAGAAAAUAAACCAAAAUAUCCAUAUGAAGAGUCUGCUAGAACACCCAAUGAAAGUCAUAGAACCUCUCCAAACCAUGACCAUUCAACACACUAUCAUGGACCCAACAGACCUAAGAAAUACCUUGAACCACUGACCUACAAGGACUCUUCAGGAGGAUAGGGCACAUGGAACUCUUGUCUUGCUCUUGACUUAAGCAGCUUCAGCCCGUUGAAACACAUUUAUGUGCUCAAAAGUCCUGUCUGCUUUGAAAUCUGGUUUCCUAAACUUCACACCAAUCUCCAGGACAUAGUUACAAUUAUCUACUAGCUAGUCCACAAGAAUCUAUGUACUCACUGACUGCACAAUGAGUCAUUGGGCAUAAGCAUUCCAUGGUGACACUAUAAGUGUCUAUUAUAUUGAUUAACUCUGAUCUUUUAUUGUGGUGGAAAUAAAAAUACCAUUUCUCUGUGUA